UACAAGCUUAUGGGAAGCACUGCAACAGCUUCCCAUUUCACUGCUCUCACAACCAAAGCUGUGUGCCUUCAAAAGCCCGGACUGCACCUUUAAUGUCCUGUCGGGGUUUGUCCAAUUAGUGAGUAGGUGGAGCACACAGGAGCAAACCUACCGGAACAGAGACUCUUUCCUCCACCUAACCUGAGCUGACGCGCGCUGGCUGCUGGUUCUUCGCCUGAAGUUUUUCCAGCCACGGAAAAAGUCGAACGGAGACGGAAAGUCGAAGCGGAUGGUGCUGGAGGAACUUUCCCACAUGAUUGAGGUGUCGAUACCGUCGCUGGAGAGGGAGGUGGACGAGUCCGGCAAGUCUAAGAAGCUUUUCAGAGUUGAAGUCUUGUUUAAUGAAAGGAAACAUUAUGUGCUCAGAAGAAACAGUGAAUUCCAGACGCUCCACAGGAAGCUUAAGAAGAUCAUCCAGACUCCGGAUUUUCCGAGCAAAAGGAACCCCCAUCUGAGGACCAAACCUCUGGAGCAGAGGCGCCAGGAGCUGGAAGAUUACAUCCAGGAAGUUAUCUAUCAAAACGAAGACGUGCCUCAGGUGCUGCUGGACUUCCUCCACGUGAAGCACUUCCACACGGGGAACAAGAUCAGCAGCGUCGAGUCACUGGAUGAACUGGACAGUCAGGAAUACAAUUACCAGUUACCACAGCAACGGGUUCUGGGCUUCUUCCAGGAUCCUUAUCUGCCCGGCAGCUCCUCAGGCCUCCCGGACAUCGUGGUGGACGGAGUUCUGCAGGGCUUCUACCCCCGGGACGUCCGGGUCAGCUUCAGCGCCUCUACUGUCCCUGACCACCACGCCUGACGGGCAACACGGUCCAAAGACCCAAAACGGGCAGAAAUAUGGCUACAUUUCAACGAAUUACAGUAUCGUCCAGCGGUUCAUUUGACUCAGGAGAGGAAAUUUAUGAGACAUUUCAAACUCAUUUUGGUCACUGUGACUUGAAUCAAAUUCAGUUUCUCUGAAAACAUGAAUAAUAUGCACACAAAAGCUUAAAUCAACUUGGGUCUUCUUCCAGACACUGAUCUUGAUUUUUGAAAAUGAGAGGGUUUUUUUUUUUUUUUUUAUUUUUAGAAGAUAUUUGUUUCUAUUGUUGGAUUGACUAAUGUAUGGCAAAAUGCAACAACUCUUCACACAACCUGCAUCACAGAAUCACAACAAAGCAACAAAUGAGCUGGGUUCUGUCAAUAUUCCAUUUCACCUUUUUUUAUUUUCCUUCCGCUGAACUUACACAGCACUCUUCUUAAUAAAGGAUUUUAACGACUGUCUGCUGGACAACUGUUGAGCUGAGAGUCUUUACCGUGAUCGUGAGGCCAUGAUGUAAACAUAAUGUCAGUUUUUUUUUUUGUUUUUUUUUUUACAAGUUUCAUGUCAUAUCCACAUUAUAUUGAAAUAGAAAAUUGUGUGUUUUCAUUCGGUGUAAGCUUUAAUCACCAAACAGGCUUAAAUAAGGUUACCCAGGCAACAACACUGCAGCAGUUUCUGAGCUAAAUUACUGAAAUGCAGAAAAUUUUUCAAUGGACUUUUAUUUUAACAAGAUCCAGCUGUGAAAUGGAAAUGCCAUUUGUAUCCAUUGAGGCAAAUUUCAGAAUCGAGGAUUCAAGGCAGCUUCGUGUUUUCACUUGAACUUUGCUGUCCCGUUAUUUUAAAGAUGUUUUGGUUUACAGUUGUCUCAAUCAGGCAUUUGACCCAGCAAAGCUGGUAUGUGGGGCAACAAAACCAAAAGCAAACGUCAUGCUGUUUUUAACAGCCUUUAGAUGCAAUGUGGUAACUGUUUUUAAAAUCAAAUGUUUAUCUUUUUUACUUUUUUAUUAUUUGCAUUAUUUUUAUUUUACAUUUAAGUUUGAAUAAAUCAUUCAAAAGGUCCCAA